UCCCGCUUCGCACCCCACUCCUUUCUCUCUGCCCCUGCCCCUUCGCCCUCCCGCUCGCUCGCCUCCCUGCCUUCUCCACCCCGGCUUUUUCGCACUCCUGUCCCUUACAGCCUCCGGGGCGGCUCGUUUCUCCCCCGAACCUCGCUCCUACGACCCCCCCGUCCCCUUCCCCUGCCCUCCCACCGCCAUGCCCCCCGCUCCGGGGCCGCUGCUGCUGGUGCUGGGCUGGGGGCUGGGGCUGGGGGGGCUGGUGGGCGGCGGCGGGGGCUGCCAGCUGCCGGCCGAGUGGCGGCCGCUCAGCGAGGGCUGCCGAGCCGAGCUGGCCGCGAUCAUCGUCUACGCUCGGGUGCUCGCUCUGCACCCCGACACCUACGGCGCUUACAACUACCUGCCCUGGCAGAGGGGUCCCCCCUCGGGACCUCAGCAAGAAGCCGGGGGGCUGUUUUAUUCGGCGGAGAUCGAGCUGCUGUGCGACCAAGCGUGGGGCAGCAUGUUGGAAGUGCCCGCGGGGUCCCGGCUCAACCUCACCGGCCUCGGGUACUUCUCCUGCCACUCGCACACCGUCAUGCAGGGCUACGCUUAUUUCUUCUUCCUCCGAAUGGAUGAGAACUACAUCCUCCUGCCACAUGGAGUCAACUUCCAGGAGGCGAUUUUUCCAGACACCCAGGAGAACAGAAGGAUGUUUGCAAGCCUUUUCCAGUUUUCCAACUGCUCACAGGCGCAGCAUAUGUUGAGCUUUUCCAGUGACUGGGAGGUUCAAGAGGACAACCGGCUUAUGUGCUCCUCAGUCCAGAAAGCCCUGUUUGAGGAGGAGGACAGAGUGAAGAAGCUGCAGCAGAAAGUGGCGACGCUGGAGAAGCGCAACAAGCAGCUGCGAGAUCGGGUGAAGAAAGUGAAGAGGUCUCUCCGGCAAGCCAGGAAAAACACCAGGCACAUGGAGCAGAUAAACCGAAAGCUCAGCGAGAAACUUUCCUCUGCAGGUGGUCAAAUCCCCUAUAUUAACUCUUUGAAGCAGGAGAACUCCCAUGCUACCUACCUUAAAGUAUAAUGCAGGAGUAAGCGCUCAGGCCAAUGAUAAUGGCGAAUUUUGCCUGCAUUAGAUCAGGAUCUGGCCCUCACACCUUGUCUACACUGUGCUUCAAACCUUGCAUGGAAAAUGAAUCUGAACUUGCUUUAAACACUAUGCUAGAGUGGCUGGGUGUUGGAGGUACAGCUGAAAGUCAUUUCCAAACUGUCCUUGGUGGGCAUAGGGCCAGACUGUAAUCUGUGCUUCUCUAUCCUCACCUGGCUCCAUCUCCAUCACCAAUUUUAGGUUGUCUUUGAUGAAAGUGCCGUUUCAGCAGGCUUAUUGACACAGGACAUCUUGGAAAGAUCUGGUGCCAACUUACCUCCUCCAAACAGGCUGGGUAGGCAGGGGAUACAUGGAGACAGAUCCUUUAGGAAGAUUGCAGGCAUGAAUGCUUUUUGCUCCACCAUAACCCCUAAGCUCUCAACUUCCCUUAAGCUUGACUAAAGUCUUCAUCCGGUGUCUGAGCAAAGGCAAUGUCUGGGACACAGUCAGUUUGAGAUCCUCUUCAAAAUGAAGUAUAGAUGUGCUCGAAUUGUCUUAAGACCAUUUCUAUAUAUCUCUAAAUAUUAUAAAUAAAAUAGCUAAUAUUUUAUCUUUUACCAGGAAGUGCCUCAAGAGGCUCAGUAACUCCCUCAGGUGCCUUUAUCAUUGCCCAGCCGACAGGUUUGGAAACCACAUCAUUUGAGGACUGUGUCUAGGAACUAAUCCAGCUCUUGGAGUCAGAAGUGAACUUAGCCUGACUAUUAGUGGAUGCUCGAUCAGGCCAAGCAGCCAAUUUCAAAUCCUGUUUUCAAGCAGGUUUAAUUUAGAGUGUGGACAAGGCUUCAAGUUUUGUAAUCACUGUUUGAGGUAUAACAGAGGUUGCUGGGCAACCUCACUUAGUUACACUUAGAUAUUGUAGAGACCACAUCAAUAUCAACAGGGCAUUAAAAAUUAAGGUAGUUGAUAUAUGUAUAUAUUUUAAAAUCCUAUAGAAAAUAUUUUUAUUACACAUUUGAUAUAGUCUAAUUUCUUAAAAUAUGAAGUAAAUCCCAUUUCUUGAUUAUCUCAUAUAAAAAGUAGUCCAUCGUGUCCUUUAUUAGAUAUUUACUAACUGACUUCUGCUCAAGCAGCAUAUGUUAAGACAUCAGUAUCUGUGGCUGAUAACGUUUUCAGCUGUGUUGAUGUACCAGAACAUGUCUUGGGGCUUGGUAGUCCACCAACCUCCUUUAUAACAGGGUGCUGUAAGAAGAGCAAGGCAGAAGAGGUUUUGUAUUUUUCUUCCCUUUUAAAAACAGUUUUUCUUAUGCGAAGCGUGAAGCCCAAGUGCUUUUUGACAGAGGAAGCUGGCCCUUGCCCAGGCCGGGGCAACCCUGAUAAUCUGCCAGGUCUAAACCCGAUUUGUACAAGGUGAACUGAUCCAGAUGAUCGUUAAGGUAAAGGUGACGUCCUCAGAAAUAACAGUGUGCAAACCACCACUCUGCUUCUAACUCUCUCUGACCAGACCGCUGCAUGGUUACCAUGCUGUCUCUCAACGCUCAGAAUUAGAUUACACCCAGGCUGCAGCCCGGAUGGACCGUGCUUUAACUAUCCCUGUGCUAGGAAAAGCCCGUAUCAGCUUUCAACCAUGAACUUCAGUCCAAGCUAAACUCAGAAGUUAAGCCUUGUGUUGGCUUCUAGGAUGCUGCUGAGUUUAAUUACCUUCCAGUUUUGCUCCUUUGGAAAGAGAGCUUUUUUUUUUUUCUUUUUCCCUCUUGAAAUAACAUUGGCAUUUCUUAAGAUUCUGACUCCUCCACAAGCUCCACUGGUUUCAAAGGCUUUACCUACCAAAUCAGCACAAUUUGAGUUGUUUUGUGCUGUAGUCAGCAAUGCUGUUUCCUGAGAAUUACUACAAACCUAAGGCUUCCCUAGAAGCCAUCAAGAGAUUUUAACUCCAAAAUUGAAAUUCAUAAGAAAGUAACUAAUGCUUUUUGGUUUGCUUCUGGUUUCUAAACUGCUGUUUAAAUAAAUGAACUGUUUUCCCUGGUAUAGGUAUUAAAAGCUUGUGUUCUAAUUUUUUGUUCAUAAAAAUAUUCCCUCUGGUAUUCAUUCAUGUUUUAUAGAUGUUUGUAUAAAGCUGAGAAAGUAUAGUAAAUAUAGUUGCACCUUUGCUAUUCUUACAAAUUUUCCAAACACAGUGCUGAAAAUCUUAUUUCUUUUGGCUGAUAUUUUUGUCUCUUGAUGAAAAGAUUGGAAUUUUCUUCCUAUUGCCCCCUUCUUUAGCUUAACAACAGAAGUAAACCAUUUUGUUCUCCUUGUCAGCUUUGUGAGAAUUUUGUUGCUUUGCAAAGAAAACACAAAACUGAACCCCAAAUACAAAAUCCAGAUGCAACG